GUGGUACCGCCCCUCGCCGGGCCAGGGCGGGGGGCUGCGGCAGGAAACCGGAAGCAGCCGCGGCCUCAGCUCGGGAGACAUGGCGGGCGUUAAAGCUCUUGUGUUAUUAUCCUUCAGUGGGGCUAUUGGACUGACUUUUCUUAUGCUGGGAUGUGCCUUAGAGGAUUAUGGUGUUUACUGGCCCCUGUUCGUCCUGAUAUUUCACGCCAUCUCUCCCAUUCCUCAUUUCGUUGCCAAAAGAGCAACAUACGACUCUGACGCAACAAGCAGUGCCUGUCGGGAACUGGCAUAUUUUUUCACUACUGGAAUUGUUGUUUCUGCCUUUGGAUUUCCUGUUAUUCUUGCUCGUGUGGCUGUGAUCAAAUGGGGAGCCUGUGGCCUUGUGCUGGCAGGCAACGCAGUCAUUUUCCUUACAAUUCAAGGCUUUUUCCUUGUAUUUGGAAGAGGAGAUGAUUUUAGCUGGGAGCAGUGGUAGCACUAUAUUCUGAUAAAAUGCAUUUAAUUUCUUAAAAUUCAUACUAUAUGUAUGUGUGUGCACAUGUGGCCUUUUGCUAUGAAAUUCAAUAUAUUGUUUUUUUUUAUACUUUUAUAUCAUGUUCACUUUAAGGAGAACUACAUGAGAAAGAGAUUCAUUUUAUUACCAGCAAAUAGACUACUCCAUUUACUCAAGUUGAAUUAUGUUACUUGGCUGUUCAUAUAGUCAUGGUGCUCUCAGAGAAUAUAUUAGGACAGUGUUGUAGCCAGCUGCUCACAUAUGCAGUGUAGCUACACCUUUUGCCUGGGGAUGUGCUUGGAUAGGAGCAGGUCUCAGUUCUGCUCAGGAUUUCUGAGAUACACUUGUGGCCCAGAGAGACAGAGGUGGCUUAUUCUUUGUGUGGUAGACCUUUGCUUCUCAAAGUGUGGUCCAUAGACCAAGAGCACUGGCAUCUCCUGGGCGCUUAUUACAAGUGCAGAACCUGAGGCCCUACCCCAGACCUAGUGCAUUUGAUGACAUCCCUAGGGAAUUGGAUGAGAAGCGCUGUCAUAAAGGACUAAGCAUCCUAUGUAGCUUCCUUUUCUUCCCCUUGCUGACCCUGUUAACCUCUCUGGGUGUUAGCUGCUUCUUUGUGAAAAUUGUUUCACCUGCCCUCAUGUUGAGGGCUAUUUUAGACUCUGGUAUUUGUGAAAUGUCCAAACCUCUAAUGUAUAGGCUGUUCCUCAAAUGUAUGAAGUGUUCUCAGUAGGGAACAGCUAGCUCUGCCUUCACACUGUCUGAAAGGCAGUGGCUGUUUUCAGUGCUCGGGACAGAAGGACCCAGAGCCCUACUGGGAUGCAGGGGAGGGAGGCCAGGAACCAAUCCCUGUGUUAGCAGGAUGAAGAAGAAUCGAUAGGUAAUUCUGUUUAAUUUCCCUGUAUAAUCUGACACGUCUGUCCCGCUCCU